UAUAAAUCCCACAAAGAGCCUCUCACACCUGUCUUACGGCUCCAGGAUGGAGGGGUUCCUGUCCACGUUCCUCCCCUGCAGCGGCUAUGGAGCUCCCCCAGCUCAGGGCGGCAGCUGGGGGAAGGGAGAAGGCCGUUUUCUCAUUCCUCAGGGCCUCAACUACCUGGAGAUCUGCAAGACCAUCCUGUCCCAAGUCAACCCCAGUUUACCUCCACCGCCCUGCGGGAAGGUGGACACCAAAGAGUGCGGCGUGCAGGUGAACGCCAAGGUGGACAAGGUGGUUCAGUGUUCUCUAGGUCCGAAAACGCUGCUCUACGUCGAACAUCCCGCCUCCUGCAACAACUGCGAGACGCAUGAUGAGAGCCUCGACGUGACCAAAGCGGAGGGGAAGGCGUUGUUGGCCACGCCGCCUAUGAGCAACCUGCGCUUCCUCAGGCCUGUGUCCAUCUACUCGCCGGUGUUUGACCGCAGGGUCUUCCUGAAGAGUCUCUGCGACGGCGCUGGACAGGACCCAGUGGAAGCGUCUGACCAAGCCAAGUCUGAUGCUGACACGGAUCACAGUGGCGACAACUUGGAAAACGGCGUCAAGACCACGAUUCCUCGAUCCUCCAAGAGCCCAAACUUCCAGUUCCUAGAACAGAGAUAUGGCUUCUUCCACUGUAAAAAGUGCAACAUCCGGUGGGAGAGUGCUUAUGUUUGGUGCAUCUCUGGCUCCAGUAAGGUGUACUACAAGCAGCUCUGCCGGAAGUGCCAGGUGGGGUUUAACCCCUACAGAGUGGAGUCCAUAGUCUGUAAGGGCUGCUCUCAGACUUGCUGCAGCUGUGAGAAGAAGCAGAGGCACAUCAACAUGAAGAGGCCUCAUCGUAAAGACCUGUGCUGCCGCUGUAAAGGCAUGAGGCUGUCAUGCGACGCCACCUACAGCUUCAAAUAUAUCGUCUGAGCCAAUUCAUGGUGGCUGAAUUUCAUUGCGUGCUUUGAGAGUUUGAGGUUAUGCUCAAGUCCAUCACUGGAAGCCGCCCCUCACUCGCCUGCAACAUGCUGAACCUUUGACCAGCUGGAUUAUCUGACAACCUCUCAAAUUGCUAGAGGGUUCACUCUGGGUAUGAUGGGUUUUUGUAAAAUGCAAAGUAAAUAAAUUAUAAAUUGCACUUUAGAAUUGUGAAUGUUGGGGUGGGGGGUUGAGAAUACUGGAGUAAAAUGUUUCUACUGAAGUUCAGUUAGUUUUGUGUAUUUCAGGAUUUAAAGUUAACACUUAUGAAACUCCAAAUGUGAAUUAUCACUUGACCUAAAUUAAAAGUAUGUUACUGUGGUUAAUGUUGCAGGUUCAAAUCCUCUACAAAUUUUAAUCCAUACUGCAGUCCUAGAAUAAAGAGCAGUAAUUAGAAUUGGGUCUGUGAAGAAGUGAGAAAUAACAUUAAAUCUUUUCCAAA